AUCCAACCUGUCAGCAAACAAAUCCCCAAAGGAGCCCAAAAUUCAAAGAAUUCGAAUUCGUCCACAGAGAUCCAAACAGCAGAACCUUCUCGAUUUAUCCUCCUUCCUCAAAUCAAAAUCCAAACCACGACCAUGAGUCAGAACCCAAAACCUUCCGAUCAUUCUCAGCCAGACAAACCGGAGGCUCACGUCGGCGACGCCUCUCACUCCUCCGACUACGCUCCGUACCCCAAGCUCGAUCCAAAGGACGUCGCUCCCCCUACUCCUCCUGCCGCCGAGAUUUGGACCUCCGUUCCUGUCGGCCCGGAACCACCAGCGCCGCCGCCUGCCGGACACACGUCGGUCCAUAGUCCUCGGUCUCCGACGGCCAAUAGUCCUCGGUCUCCGACGGCCAAUAGUCCUCGGUCUCCGUCGGCUUCGGAAGGCCCCCCUCCCAUUUCUGAAAACUCUGCCACUACCAUGCCCCAGGAAUCAAAUCCUUACGUUUCUUCAGCACCGAUGCCGCAAUCUUCUAUGAAGAAUAGAAUGGAUACGGUGAAGGAUGUGCUUGGAAAAUGGGGAAAGAAGGCAGCAGAGGCCACGAAGAAGGCCGAGGGUUUUGCUGGAGAUAUGUGGCAGCACUUGAAAACGGGCCCCAGUUUUGCUGAUGCUGCUGUUGGAAGAAUUGCCCAGGGAACAAAAGUUCUUGCAGAAGGUGGCUAUGAGAAAAUUUUUCGACAAACAUUUGAGACUGUCCCCGAGGAGCAACUUUUGAAGGCAUAUGCAUGCUACCUUUCCGCAUCUUCUGGUCCAGUAAUGGGAAUAUUAUACUUGUCAACUGCAAAACUUGCAUUUUACAGUGACAAUCCUCUUUCAUACAAAGUUGGUGAGCAGACAGAAUGGAGCUAUUACAAGGUACAUUUGUUUCAGUUGUGCAUUUUGCUGUCAUUUCCAUGGCUUGCACACAUUCAAAUUUUCAGAGACAUUCAUGCCAGUAGUUCAGUAUCAUCAUUAUAAUUUGUUGUCGUCCUUUGAAUAUGGUUCAACAUGUUGGAUUAGCUACAAGGGCUUCUGUUUUGUUCUCUGACUCUUGAUCAGAGCAUGAAUCACGAUGACUGAUAUUAUUAGAAGCUUGAAUUUCUCGCAACAGUCUCAUUUAUCCUCAUGAUCUGUUCAGAGCUGUUGAUAGGUGCUUAGUUGAGCUCUAUGAAUCAUUGAUAUUUCGUUAAGGUUGACGUAUUCAUAUUGGAUACCGUAUCGGGUACGAUACUCGUUGGAUACUCGAGGAUACGUAUUGGAUAUACAUCAAACGUAUCUAAUAGUAAAUAAAAUAUAUGGAUAUUUCAUGGAUACUUUGAUAUACAGAGAAAUAUGUGUAAUUUUUAAUUUUAAUCUUUACCUCUUUCUAUUGUUUUCACAUAUAAUGCAAUGAAUUAACAAAAAAUCAUAUGACUUGGAAGACACAUGAGUGUUUUCUAUCUAUUAUCACAUAAUCAAAGAGUUUAAAUGAGUUGAUUACUCUAUAAUUUUAGCAACAAAUGCUUCUAAACAAACAAUAUUGUUGGUUUUUAUUUUUUUAAUUUAUCACGUUCACUUUGUAGAUGUACCAUAAUAAGACAAUAGAUAACUUUUUGAAAAUAAAAAAUUGUUAAUGUUGUUUAUUAUUGUUAAAAAUCACUGAAAAUUAUAACUAUCAAGUCAUUACAUAAUAGUAAAAAUAUAAAUAUAUUUAUAGACGUAUUCCGACCGUACCCGUAUUCUAUUUCUUGGGAUUUUGUCGUACCUGUAUCUCGUAUCGUACUGUAUCCCGUAUCCAUAUCCGUGUUUCCUAGGUUGAGCUUGACUGCAUUAAUAAAAUCCUUAAGAGCAGUGGGUGAGCAUAUUCUGUUGAUUGAUGAAUCUCCGUGGCUUAAAAAAGGUGCAUUUAUCUCAUGUAUGUGCUGCUUACUGAUCUCUUUUAGUGAUCAUCUCUAAUUCACUUUAACAUCUCUAUAUUUUCUAGCUCCUUUUCUUGGGUUCAAUACUUCUUAAUGACCCAACUAAUAGUGGACAAUCCUCUUGUUGACAUGCGAUCGGCAAUCAUAGGGAUGAAUCUAUAGCGUGGCCUUGAGGAAAUAACUCGAACUUAUUUAGGACCUCUGUACUUUAAUGUGGGCUCCUGGUCAUCCCAUGUAUGCGAGGUUUUCAAUGAACUGACUGCAUUUACAGGACAAAUGGGCUUCUCUGAAAGAAGAAAAUCUUUAUGGGCCAGAGAAUGUUUGAAGUUUGCUUGAUUGCAUCACAUUCUCCUAAAAUUUCUUAGAUUAGGAUGAGAUGAAUACAUUAUGUCUUUCUCUUUUUGCUACUGGUUGACCUUUGUCUACUCUUUCCCAUAGUCAUGAAUCAGUCAUGUCUUUGGUUGACUUACACCUGCUAAAUUUACAAUGUUAGUCAGGAAUUAUUCAUGUCCUUGUUAUGUAAUGUAGUCCUGAAUCAUUCAUGUUUUUAUUUGACAUCCAUCUUCUAAUUUCACUAGAAUGACUAUUGUGCUACUUUUAUUUCCAAUGUAUAAAUAGGUAGUUAUUCCAAUUCAUCAGCUUAAAGCAGUUAAUCCUUCGAAAAGCAAAGUGAAACCCGUUGAAAAAUACAUCCAAGUUAUUUCCCUUGACAAUCACGAGUUUUGGUUCAUGGGCUUUGUAAACUAUGAUAGUGCAGUCAAAAAUCUACAAGGCGCUCUGCAGGCUCCUACUUUAUGAUCUGCAUUUGGCAAAUUAGCCACCUUAUGAACAAAGGUAUGUAAUGUUACCAGUAAGUUGAUGUAGAUAAAGUUUGAGUUGGAAUGUGGGAUCUUGUAUACUGUGCUUUAGUUAUGGAUUUUUCUGGUGACUGCGUGAGUAAAACCACAUUAUAGUUGUGAAUUUUCACUUACGAUAGGUAUGAGAGGACAGAGGGUUGUGGUUGAUUCAAUAUCUGUUGAAAUUCAUGUUGUAAUUUAUUCGCAUUUAUUGGUAUUGUGAAUAAAGUAAAGACUGAAUCAUGUGUAGUUGCUGCUCCUAUUUUAGUGCUAGAUGCUAUUAUAUUUGGUGUGAAG